AUGGACUAUGUUUUUGCUAUAGAAGUACAGGGACAACAAGAUGAAAAAUAUAUCGAGCUCUUUCACAGGAAUCCAAAAAAUUUUAUCAAACAGCAAGAGCGGGAUCAACUCAAGAAAGAAUUAUGUGAAGAGAACUGGAUUGUUUUAAGGUAUGUUUGGUAUUACGAAGACCCAUAUGUAGUUAUUUCAGAGCAUCUUCGAGAAUUGGGUCUUAUUGAAUAA